AUGGAAACCCGGCCACCGCCCACCGGCGUACGACGCCUUCCGCUGCGUGGGCCCCCCUUCUCCCGUGGUCCCCACAUCCCCAACUCAAAAGAGAAAAGCAGAAACCGCCUCGAGCGCGCGCCGGCGCUCGCGCCGGGGUGCCCGCGCACCGCCUUCAUGCUCGCCGCCGUGCUCACGCGGAUGGGCCUGUUCGACGAGGCGAUGGAGGUGUGCGACCGCAGCCUCCUCGUGCCGCAGCCCACCGACCCGGCGCGCCACCUCCCCUACCGGAGGAAACGCAUCGUCCCCAAGGACGCGGAGCAUAGGAUCGCUUAUACCCGACAAGGGAUCCGUCGGCUGCGUCUCGGGGCCGAGAAGUGCAGGCGAACCGCGGUUCCACUUCCACCGGAGUCCGCGUUGCCCGCGCCGGACUGGCCGCCGGAAAGCGCCGAGGCCAACCUCCAGGUGGCUCGCGAUCUCUGGCGCGGCAUGAGCGAGGAGGAGCAGCAAGCCUUCCUGAAGGUGAGCUUUCAAGAUAUGAAGUCGUACUGCCGCUCAGGAGGGGAGCUAGAGAUGAUAAGUUUGCUCUCGGAUGCCGAGCACGACCAGUUCGUCAAGUUAUCUGCGUCGUCUUCGUGUUGGACUUGCCCUUUGUGCGGGUUCAAAAUUAUCCUUGAUGAAGAGCGCUUCAUGGUGCACAUGGAGAACUUUCACAUUGAGCAUGAGGAGUACAAAAAAUUGCGGUCAUCAUUACCUAAAAGAAUCCCUGACAAUGAGAUGGAGCUUCUCAAAUCAUGGAGAUGGGAACCGAUGCCAAUCGAUGGAGAUGAUUUGGCAGAGAGGACAGAGAUCUUGAGCAAGCUUAAGAAACUUGUUUCUCAGCUCAUUGAUAUGGAGGCCGUCUCUCUGUGCCUUCUGUAUAUCAUGCACAAGUUCAUAAUGAGGCGGGUCAGGCCGGUGACACCAUUGGUAGUAUCCAUGUGCGCGUGCUGUGGGAUCAGACAGUUGAGUUCUGCGCACCUCAAGGAACUGUAUGAAUUUCUCCAGAAGCUUACACCUAUCCUUGCAGAUUAUGUACAUCAGAAGGCUCAGAAUGGUGAACAAGAGAGCCAGCAGGAUUCGCUUGCUGUGACUACCUGGUUGAAAGAGACAGGCACCUUGUCUUUUGAUUAUGGGAAGAUUGUGUCAAGAAACACUGAUGGUUCUAGCAACCCAGAUGAAAUUGUUGAUGGUCUAUUCCACGAAUCUUUGCUUGAGGAUCCCUUGGUAUCAUGGGGUGGUGUGUGGCAAAGAUGUCUUGAUCUUGGACCUGAUAUCCUUAACAAGAUAAGUGAAGCAUUGAAUAAACUGAAGGUUAACUGCAGCUCAUGUGAAGAACUAAAACAAAAACUCGGAGAUGUUUAUUUCCUUCCUGACGCAAUCUUUGAGACUGAUAUUGACGUCAAGCCUUAUUUUGAUGAUGGGAUUGGCUCUGUACAAGUUGAAAUGCUAUUAAUUGAUGCUGAGGUAGAUUACCAGAAGAAAAUGCUUUUGGAAGCCUGUAAAGUGGAUUAUCUUGCAGCCAUUUUACCUAUUGCAAAGGCUUGCCUUCGGGCCAAAAUGAAUAAUAACCUUCGUCCACCAAAUGGUCUUGAACUACAAGCACCUUUGAAUAUUAUUCUCCGGUCUUUGUGGCACAUAAGGCGAUUCCAUGAUACUCUCCAGAAGAUACCAUCUAAAUGCACUGAUGUUAAAGAUGGAAACUCUCAAAUUGGGAAGACAUUGUGUAAAAUCUUUGAUUCUUGGGAUAAUGAGAAAGCGGGCAAACCAUGUGACCCGUGUGAUUCAACAAGAUUUGCAGAUUUUACAAAUUCUCUGGUUUAUAAAAAGGAUGGACAAAGGAAAACUGCAAUUGACAUUGUGAAAUUUAUCUUUCGGAGGCUGCACUCAUCACAAACUCCUUUGCAUUUUGAGUUUAAGGGUGAAACUUUGGACCAUCAAACACCAGUCGAGCCAUCCUUCCUGGGUUGUAUAUGCCUAGUGCAUGAUCUUUUUGGGUUGCACAUUUAUGAAAAUAAAUUCAACUGUGUGAAUGAGGUGUACACCGAAUAUCAGUAUACUACAUUCCUCCACAGCAUUGAUUUGGGUGCUGUUGGAAAAACUAAGGUGGAAUCUUUCAGUGAACUCUUGAAAGCUCGGAAGUCCAGGAUUGAAAGUUGUGGGCAUAUGGUUUCCCAGUACUCUCUUGAAUGUCCACCACGUUUGUUCAUGACCGUUUUUGAAUGGAAGGAAGACAAGGUGGGCCACAUUAACAUGCAUGAAGUAUUGAUGAGCCUAGCUGUAGAGUUGGACAUUAGUCAUUUCUAUGGAGAUCUGCAUUCAGGAAGCAAGUAUACUCUGGUUUCUGCGGUCUGCUGUAAUGAUCAGGGGCAAUACUUUUGCUUUGCUCGCGGCAACAACAUAUGGCUCAUAUAUGACAACAACAGAAGACCCAUGUAUGCUGAAUCCUGGGAAGCAUCAAUCCAGCAGUACAGUCAGGCCAACCUCUGUCCUGAAAUCAUCUUCUUUGAGCGUGUCGAGGAUCCAGAAUUGGGCACCCACCGCGACCAGACUGCGCCUUGAACCAUUCCAUUACUUUUAAGGUUUGAUGUGGCUCAGUGGCUGUAGAGAUUGGUUGGUUUUGCCAUUGGAGGCUUGCUGAUUGUUGUGGUGCUUGUUUGCUGGGGCGUUUUGAGUGGGCAAACUCCUGUGCUUUUGAGAUCAUCGUGCCCACGGCAUUCAUGCUCAUGCAUAUAUACUGGAGUACUUGACGUUCUCUGCUUGGCGAUGGCGAGAUCUGGCAUUUCUUUGCUGGCCUCUGGAUCAUGUAGGGUAGGAAAGUAGUAUCAGUCGUUUGUUUGUUCUUCCUUGUUGCUCCUGCAAAUACCUUUAUUGCUGUACAUACAACAACGUUCUGUAACGCACAAUUCUGGGUUCGUAUAUACGGCGAUAGAGCUUGCCUUUUCUUUGAUUA